AGUUUGACCUUUGGGGGAUCGACACGCUGUUGUGUAUUGCUAUGGUGGCUGGACCACGUGAAUCCAACUAGCUCGGUGAUGGAUCAUAUCUGAACUUCUGCCUAACAAAUCUGUCACUUUUAAACCUUUAAUUAUUGGAGGUUUUAAUUAAUUUUAGAGUGAAAUGGGGAAACCGGAGAAGAAAAGGAGUGUGUGUGAUAAAGUGCGCAAGAGUAGCGCACAUGCUCAGAUUAAGACGAAUCCGUUUGAGGUGAAGAUUAACAAGAAGAAGUUUGAUGUUUUGGGCCGAAAGAGUAAACACGAUGUGGGACUGCCAGGCGUGUCUCGCUCUAAAGCUCAUAACAAGCGUAAACAGACUCUUCUGAAGGAGUUCAGAAUGAAAAACAAAGCCAACUCCUUUAUUGAUCGGCGUUUUGGAGAGUACGACGCCAAGAUGGCACCCGAGGACAAAAUUCUGAAAAGAUUCGCCAUGGAGAGACAGCAUACGCAGAUGAAGAAGGACAUGUUUAACCUGAAUGAUGAAGAGGAAUUAACACAUUAUGGGCAGUCCUUGGCUGAGAUGGAGAAGUUUACAGAUGGAGUGGACAGUGAGAGCGACUCGGAGGAGAAAGGCCUGCUCUCCGCUGAAAUCACGGCGUCACACUUUGGAGGAGGCGGAGGGCUUCUACGGAAGAAAAGCAGUGAAGAAGCGGAGGCAAAAAGCAAAACACGCCAGGAGCUCAUUGAGGAGCUCAUCCUCAAAUCCAAACAGGAGAAGCGAGAACGUCAGACUCAAAAAGAAGAGACACACGAGCUGAUAGAGAAGCUGGACCAGGAGUGGAAGUCUAUCCAGAACCUUAUAUCACGUAAAACUCCCAGAGAGCGGGAGGAGGAGAAGGACAAGCCGAAGCUGGAUGAAUAUGACAUGAUGGUACGGGAGUUGGGAUUCGAGAUAAAAGCUCAGCCAUCUGAAAAACUCAAAACACCGGAGGAGAUCGCCAGAGAGGAAAGAGAGAGACUGCAGAAGCUUGAGGCAGACAGACUGAGGAGGAUGGAGGGGCAGGUGGAUGAAAACCCCAGACCCACACACAUGUCAGCUGAUGACCUCAACGAUGGAUUCAUCCUUGACAAGGACGACCGCAAAACACUCUCUUACCAGGAUGGGAAGUGGAACAUUGAGGAAGAGGAAGGUGAUGGAGGAGAUGAUGAUGGUGAUGAAGGGGAGGAUGAUGAUGGUGAUGAAGAGGAGGAUGGUGAUGAAGGGGAAGAUGAUAGUGAUGGUGGUGAUGAGGAAGAUGAUGAUGAUCACUCUGAUUUGGAAGAUGACGAAGAUGAGGAUGGAGAGGACGAUGGAGAAAAAGAGGAGGAGUCUGCUGCUGAAAUCAGGCACAUGCUGAGCGUCGAAGAAAGAAAAGAGAUUCAGGACACGGCCCGUGCAGAGCUGCCCUACACCUUCAAAGCUCCUGAGUGUUACAUGGAUUUGAAGGCGAUGCUGCAGGGUUACUCGGCUGAUGAACAGUGUGUCAUCAUAGAGAGAAUGAAGAAAUGUAAUCACCCAAGUCUGGCUGUUGGAAACAAGGCUAAAUUACAGAAACAAUUUGGCUUUUUGUUGGAGUACGUAGGGGAACUGGCUACCCACAAUCCUCCCCAGCUCACCACCAUCAACACACUCAUCCCGCAAAUCUAUUCUCUGUCCCAGCUCUUUCCUGAAGCGGCGUGUCGAGUGAUGCAGUCGCUGAUUGGUGAUGCCGCUCACAGUAUGGAGGAGAAUGUAGAGGUCAAAGGUCGUGCUGCAUUCCCAGGCUUGGAUAUGCUCAUCUAUCUAAGGAUUGCCACUCUGCUGUUUCCCGCAUCUGAUUUCCGUCAUCCAGUGACAACUCCAGUCUUCCUCUACAUCAGCCAGACUCUUACUAAGUGUGCAGUCGUGUCUCUGGAGAGUGUGUGUGCAGGUCUUAUUCUGUGCUGUCUAGCGGUGGAGUGCGUUUCUCUCUCCAAGCGAUUUGUCCCUGAACUUAUUAACUAUCUGCUAGGACUUCUGCACCUCGCAGUCCCCACACACACCAGCACAGAGUACCAUGUGGUUCACCCAUUCAGGCUGCAGGGGAAGAGCAGUGAGCUGCUGCGUGUGUGUGAUCCACAGUCUGCUAACAGCUGGACCAGGAAAAACAUCUCGCUGUCAUCAGCUCACAAAGUUACAGCUACUACAGAAACUGAGAAAGAUCACUUCAAGUUGUCUGUGCUUUAUGCUUGCUUGGAUUUGGUAAAGAGAUGCACAGCGCUUUAUCAACAGCUUCCUGCCUACCAGCACAUCUUCCAGCCAAUCAGAAUCCUCCUGGCUAAACAUCUGCCAGUUUCAGAUUACCCAUCAGCCCUACAGGAGCUGCGCAAAGAAAUCUUGGAGGUCAUUCCUGAGAGACCUUCCGAGCAUGCACCUUUGGUGUUCGAUAAGAAGAAGCCCAUCCCCCUCAAACUGCUGCAGCCCAAAGUGGUGGAAGUGUUGGACUACGGAAAGAAACGCGGGAACACAAAAGAGGAGAAGGAGAGAGAGCGACUGAAGCAUAAGUAUAAGAAAGAGUUUAAAGGUGCUCUGAGGGAGAUCAGGAAAGACACGCGCUUCCUCGCUCACACCAAACUGUCCGACACUCUGCGCAGAGAUGCGGAGAGAAAGAGGAAGGUGAAGGAGCUGUUUGGUAGUUUGGCCACUCAGGAGGGUGAGUGGAAAGCACUAAAGAAGAGAAAAAGGAAGUGAUUUCACGAUGCAAAACCCACUUGUGAUGUAAAAAAAAACGAGUACAUUAAAGCUGAAACUGUGUACAGUUCUGUGUUUGAGAAGACAACGAAGUCAUGAUGGAGCAAUGCAUACUUUUUAUUCUGUCCAGUUUGUACAUUGGUAUUUUGUUAUACGAGCACCUAUUAAACUCGUACAGUAACUCAGA